AUGCUCGUCACUGUCGACCCUCUCAAGCCUGCAAGGGGCCAAGCCGGCCUCAUGAACCGCUGGCAUCCCGACAUCCCCGCGUUCGCCCGCGUCGCGCAGGGCGAGGUCUUCAAGCUCGGCUGCCACGAGUGGACCGGCGGCCAGGUCAAGAACUCGGACGACGCCGACGACAUCCGCGACGUCGACCUGUCCGAGAUCCACUUCCUCACGGGCCCCGUGGCCGUCGAUGGGGCCGAGCCCGGCGACGCGCUCGUCGUCGAGAUCCUCAACAUCGAGUACUACGAGGAGAUGCCCUGGGGCUACACCGGCAUCUUCGAGGAGAAGGAUGGCGGGCUCUUUGCGAGCGAGUUCAAGACGCGAGCGAGCAAGGCCGUGUGGGACUUCGAGGGCCGGUUCGCCUCGAGCCGGCACAUCCCGGGCGUGCGCUUCGCCGGCAUCACGCACCCGGGUAUCAUCGGCACUGCCCCGUCGCAGGAGCUCCUCGACGAGUGGAACCGCCGCGAGCAAGCCCUCAACGACGCGCACCCGGGCGCGUCUCCCGCCGUCGCGCUCCCGCCUCUCGCCGAGGGCGUCUACGUCGGGCAGGAUCUUCCCGCCGACGUCCUCGACAAGAUCGCCAGGGAGGGUGCUCGGACGGUCCCUGGGCGCGAGCACGGCGGCAACUGCGACAUCAAGAACCUCAGCAUCGGCUCGAAGGUCUGGCUGCCCGUGUUCGUCCCGGGCGCCAACCUCGCUAUCGGCGACCUGCACUUCUCGCAAGGCGAUGGAGAGCAAAGCUUCUGCGGGGCGAUCGAGCAAGCCGGCAAGGUGACGCUCAAGUGCUCGGUCGUCAAGGGCGGCAUCGAGAAGUUCGCGCUCAAGCAGCCCAUCUUCCUUCCUUCGCCCAUCGAUCCGCUUUACACGCAGCAGCUCACCUUUGAGGGCAUCGGCGCCGACCUUCACGGAGACGGCUCGCAGAAGUCCAUGUGCGCGACGACGGCGUACAAGCAGGCGUCGCUCAACGCCAUUGCCUAUCUCAAGAAGCUCGGCUACACGCUCGAGCAAGCGUACCUCCUCCUCUCGGCCGCCCCCGUCGAGUCGCACGUCGCCGCCCUCGUCGACGUGCCCAACGCCAUGGUGACCGUCUCGCUCCCGACGGCCAUCUUCGACCGCGACAUCCUGCCGCACCCGGACGGCCUCGAGAAGCGCGACUACGGCAACUGCGCGCUCAGGAGCGACGGCCUGCGCAGCUUUGACCUGCUCGACGCGAACGAGGACAAGGCCAAGGCGGCCAAGAAGUGA